AUGCAGCUAUCUAAGACCCUUGCCCUCGUCUCCUUCUUCGCUGCUCUUGCUGCCGGAGCUCCCAUAGCUGAUGCCCCAAUUGCAGCUCGCGCGGACGCGGAUUCGGCCACUCGCUAUAUUGCUGAUAAGCGAGCAGACGCGGAUUCGGCUACACGUUAUAUCGCUGACAAGAGAACGGACGCAGACUCAGCGACUCGCUACAUUGCUGAUAAGAGGGCAGACGCGGAUUCAGCCACCCGCUAUAUCGCCGACAAGCGAGCAGAUGCUGAUUCCGCUACUCGUUACAUCGCUGACAAGAGAGCAGACGCGGAUUCUGCUACUCGCUACAUCGCCGACAAGCGAGCAGACGCGGAUUCUGCUACUCGCUACAUCGCCGACAAGCGAGCAGACGCGGAUUCUGCUACUCGCUACAUCGCCGACAAGCGAACAGAUGCUGAUUCCGCUACGCGUUACAUCGCCGACAAGAGAGCAGACGCGGAUUCUGCUACUCGCUAUAUUGCCGACAAGCGAGCAGAUGCUGAUUCCGCAACACGCUAUAUCGCCGACAAGCGCUCUGAAGCUCAUUCGGAUGACCACUAG